GUUUUUUUUAUCUCCCUUUUCACUUUCUAUACAGAUGCUUCGUUUUAUUUUAGUUCAGAACCGCCAAGGCAAGACGAGAUUAGCAAAAUGGUAUGUGCCUUAUGAAGAUGAAGAGAAAGUCAAGCUUAAGGGAGAAGUGCACCGUUUGGUUGCACCUCGAGACCAAAAACACCAAAGUAAUUUUGUGGAGUACCGUAAUUACAAAAUUGUGUAUCGUCGAUACGCUGGUCUGUUCUUUUGCGUCUGUGUAGAUGCGAACGAUAAUGAACUGUCUUAUUUGGAAGCCAUUCAUUUCUUUGUCGAAGUAUUAGAUGCAUUUUUUGGUAAUGUGUGUGAAUUAGACUUGGUUUUCAAUUUCUACAAGGUCUAUGCUAUUCUGGAUGAAGUCUUUUUGGCAGGAGAAAUUGAAGAAACAAGCAAAAAUGUUGUUUUAACGCGGUUGGACCAUUUGGACAAAUUAGAAUAAAGUUUAGUAUACCCUCCACUAUCUUUUGAGUUUCAAAGGCAUGUUCCAAAUGCCAUUUCUCACUUUCCAGGGUUUUUUGUGCCACCAUAAAAAUCUGUUCU